CCCUGGUGGUGACCCACAGACCCGCGACAGACGGAGACGUUUGUUUGAAGAUUCUUUAUGCUGGCGACGGACUUGCCUCUCCUCGCUUCCUUCCUUGAUCAACUGUUUUUAUCUUUGUUUGUUUGUUUGUUGUUUCUGUUGUCCAAGUGUCUGUUUGGUAUCCUGCCUAGCCCAGUCUUCCCUGUUCCCCUCUCUGCUAAUCAGCCCCCGUCCUCAUCGCCAUCCCCUUUUCGCUCAGACCCCAUCUUCAAUACCCAUCCUUCAUUCCCCCAAGCUCCAUCCUGGAGAUUCAUAACCCUGCCUCAGGUCGAGUCGAGUCAAGUCAAGUCUCUUUUUUUAUUUUUUAUUUUUAUUUUUUUGGCCGCCACCAGACCACUCCUUUUCCAACAACCAGCGGGUAUGUGAACAUCUAGAUCCGACUUUUACCUCUUGACCCUGGGAAUUGCAUAUGACAGACCUCAGUCCUACGUCUGUCUCAUCGUGUGCCAUCCUGAGAUGUCUUCCGUAUCGAAUAUGGCAUAACUCCUUUUCCAUCAUGCCACAUCUUUUCCUAUUCCUUUUAUUUGUAUAUCCAACAUCCGCCUAUUCAAUUAGCUGUGGUCGCAGUUCUGUUUGCUGCUCUCUCCUUCCAUCCAACUUGCAAACACCUAUACACAUCCACGCCUUUCUUCAGCAACGGUCGGCCAACAUCACUGCUCCCUCUUGUUUGCUUAGCCUAUUCCUUCAUUGUUCAUAUCUCCUUUCGGGCUUAAUUGAGCACUACAGCCAUUCAAUCUGGAGCUUGAAAAGAGGUAUAAUGUUGUCGAUAAUACAGGAAGCAGCCCUAGAUAUGAACCAUGUACCGCCGUGUUAUGAAGCGACGAUAGUUGUUUCUGUGAAACUGGGUUUAAGCGACAUCAAUCAUGGUACCCUUCAUUGUUAUGGCCAGAGGAGCAGAUUCUAAUCAGGGCCCUUUGUGCAAUGUGGUGCUUUGGGAAAAAAUUACAGCGACUCGCGAGA